GCAGAAAAAUAUAAACAAAAUAUUUUAUAGUAAACAGGCGCAGGCGUAUUGUACAAUGUGAAUCGAUUUGGCGCAGGGGGUGUUAGUGUGAAGGGCAGAAUAACAUUACAUACAUGUCAACAAAUUUACCGUGGCAACUGUCACAGGGGCAGUAGGAUACUGUGUCAAUUAAUCUAAUGGAAUUGUAAAUCAUAUUAUUUUUUGACACAACACAAUGGCUAUGUUCAAGGGUUUUCGAGUAUUCGAAAAAUCCAAACCUCCCAGUCCACACAGUGUCCUUUUAGAAAGAAAAGGCAGAGAUGAGACCCUUUUAUUCGAAUCACAAGCGGUCGCCGUACUGUCUGCCCAAGAAACUGAGGCUGUUAAAAAGCAAUACACCAAAAUAUUAGAUGCGUAUGGAUGUUUGGGUGUCCUACAGUUGUAUGCUGGGGAGACCACCGUUUUGUAUUUGGUUAUGAUAACUGGCUGCUUUUCAGUGGGUAAAAUUGGUGACUCUGAGAUUUUUCGUAUAACCCAAACCCAGUUUGUACCACUCCAUUACCAGCAGACUGAAGAUAAAAUUGUUGAAGUAAGAAAAUUACUCAACUCCGGUACAUUUUAUUUCUCAUGGUCAGGCAGUGUAGGGAAUAGUACACCUCUAGAUUUAACAUUAUGUGCACAACGAAAACAAAAAACACAAAUAACAGAUCAUAGAUUUUUUUGGAAUAGAAUGUUGUAUGUCCAUUUAGUAAGGUUUGGUGUUGAUUGUAACAGUUGGUUGGUGCGUGCAAUGUGUGGGUCAGUUGAAAUCCGUACUGUCUAUGUAGGUCACAGGAAGGCUCUUGCUGCUGUUAUAUCAAGACUCAGUUGUGAAAGGGCUGGGACAAGAUUUAAUGUGAGAGGAACAAAUGAUGAAGGGCAUGUAGCUAAUUUUGUAGAAACUGAACAAGUUAUUUUCCUAGAUAAUGAAGUAACAUCAUAUUUGCAAACUAGAGGCUCUGUACCAUUAUUUUGGGAACAACCUGGUGUACAGGUUGGAUCUCAUAAAGUACGAAUUUCCAGAGGAUAUGAGUCUUCAAAGUCUGCUUUUAACCGUCACAUGUCCACAAUAAAAGAAAGAUAUGGCAAGCAGGUGAUCGUAAAUCUCUUGGGCACUAGUUUAAUAGGUAGUAAAGAGGGCGAGGCAACAUUGAGUCAGGAAUUCCAGAAACACCACAAAGAAUCUUCCCACUCGGAUAUCGCGCACAUUGUCUUCGAUUAUCAUCAGGAGUGCAGGGGCGGUAACACAACAAAUUUACAAAAACUGAAGGCCAAAGUGGAGAACGAGAUGCAAGAUUUCUCGUUUUAUCACGUAAUUGGUAACACCACGUACAGUUUACAAACUGGUACGAUUCGAACAAAUUGUCUGGAUUGUCUGGACAGAACAAAUUGUGUCCAAACAUUCUUUGGACUUGAAACAUUAGCAAAGCAACUACAAUCAAUGCAAUUAGUUGAUAAAAAGCAAACCAUAUCAAGAUUUGAGGAGGUUUUCAAGCAAAUGUGGAUCAAUAAUGGCAAUGAGAUCAGUAAGAUUUAUGCGGGAACUGGAGCAAUUCAAGGUGGAUCAAAGCUGAUGGAUGGAGCCCGAUCCGCUGCUAGAACUAUCCAAAAUAAUCUACUUGAUAAUUCCAAACAAGAGGCUAUUGAUAUUUUAUUAGUUGGUUCUACUUUGUCCACAGAACUGGCUGAUAAAGCCAGAACAUUACUUCCAUAUAAUACGCUUCACGCUCCUCCACAUGUCUUGAGGGAAAUGUGCAGGAGGUACUUAGAAUAUACGGAUGCGUUGCCUUUAAGGGUGGCAGUUGGAACCUACAACGUGAACGGUGGAAAGCAUUUUAGAAGUGUUGUUUUUAAAGAUAUCCAGUUAUCAGACUGGCUCUUGGAUCCCCAUUUGAAGAGUGGUGGUGACUUGGUUGAUACUGGCUACGCUGACGAUCACAAAUCCUUACCUGUUGACAUUUAUGCCAUAGGAUUUGAGGAGAUCGUCGAUCUUAAUGCCGGAAACAUAGUGAAUGCAAGUAGUGAGAACGCCAAAGCCUGGGCCAUUGAGCUGCAGAAGGUUCUUUCCAGGGAUAGACCGUAUGUACUAGUAACAUACCAACAGUUAGUUGGCGUUUGCCUGUACGUAUUUGUUAGACCGGAGCACGUGCCAUACAUUCGAGAUGUUGCGGUGGACUCGGUGAAGACUGGUCUUGGAGGCCAUACAGGCAAUAAAGGUGCUGCUGCCAUAAGACUGGUGUUGCAUGCCACCUCCCUUUGCUUCGUUUGUGCCCAUUUCGCAGCUGGCCAGUCGCAGGUGAAUGAAAGGAACGCUGAUUAUAAUGAAAUCACAAGGAAAAUUACAUUCCCCAUGGGUAGAUCCCUAAAUUCCCACGAAUAUUUGUUUUGGUGCGGCGACUUUAAUUACAGAGUGGACAUGGAUAAAGAUGAAAUAAAGGAGUGCGUUAAAAGAAACGAUUUCGAAGCAAUUUUACAGCACGACCAACUCAGGAAACAGAAGGAAGAAAAGAACGUUUUCAAGGAUUUCGAGGAGGGAGAAAUCAGAUUUCCGCCCACGUACAAAUACGAUUUGUUCAGCGAUGAUUAUGAUACCAGCGAAAAGUGCAGAGCUCCAGCAUGGACUGAUCGUGUUUUGUGGAAGCGGCGUGCCACAUCUGUUGAAUUGAAUGGGCUUGCAGAUAAGUCGCCAGGCAAAUUGCUUUACUAUGGCAGAGCUGAGCUGAAACAAAGUGACCACCGACCAGUUAUAGCAAUAAUCGACAUCGAAUCUAGAAAAAUUAACGAACAAAAGCGACAACAGGUAUUCUACGAUGUUAUAGCUGAUAUGGGGCCACCAGAUGCUACCAUCAUUGUUCACUGUGAAGGGUUCUCACCUACUGACAAUGAUACUGGGUUAUUUGAUGAUAAUAUGGUUAUGAUAUUGUUAGAAGAAUUUGCACAAUUCGGAGAAACCAUCUUGGUUAGAUUUGUAGCUGACACCAUGUGGAUCACGUUUAGAGAUGGCCAGUCAGUUUUAGAAGCUUUACAAAAAACUAAAGGAAAAAUUAAGAUUCAGGAUUAUGAGUUGACCUUAACUAUGAAAACUCCAAAUUGGGUGGAUCAAACUAAGGAUGAAAUUGGUUUAUGUUCUAGCAACACUGUACCUUUAUACACUUCUCCAAGUCAAUCUGAUUAUAAUUGUUUGGGCAUUCCAGAAGUACCAAAACAACCCCAACAAUCAGGUAGAACAGCGCCUCCAAGUAGACCACCGCCUCCUAGUGUGAAGUCGACGUCGGCCUCGCCCUCGCCAUCACCGAGACGGGUGGUACCACGGGCCGGGGUGAUUAGCAUGCCCGCUAAGCCGGCAUUGCCCAAUUUACCGCCGCCGAAUAUGCCACCACCGGACCUACCGCAGGACGAGUCUUCCGGUAUUUACGAAGAAAUAAUUGAUGACUACAUAGCACCGGAACCUCUGGAACCGCCACCACCACCCCCAAGACCCGAACCUUCGUCAAACAUUCCACCUCUUACUCCCUCUAGAGUUCCUCCGCCAGUACCGGCCAGAUCUGCACCGCCUCCUCCUUUACCUGCAAGACCUAGGCAGUAAAUAUUCAAGCUUUCUGCUUGAUCUUUAUAUUAUUGUGCAGUAUUGUAUUAUUCUAUAUGUAUGUUUGUAUUUCUUUUACCGUUCGUUGUUUAAUAAUCUCUAUUAGAUUUUAUAUGUGUUAUUUUAAUGAAGUUUGGUGUCUUAAUAUUCACUAUUAAUGUGUAAUUUGGUAGAGAUUAUUGUAUAUGAAUGGUUAUGUAUAUAAGUAUAUCAAGACUACCACACAUUUUCCUAAUUUUUUAAACCGAAAAUACAAAAUUCUUCAAGGUUAAUAUUAUAAAUAAAAACUUAAACUAUCUACCAUUAUUUUUUACAGAAUUAUAUGUGGUCUUGAUUGAAUAAAUGUUAUUUAUAGAAGUGCUGACAGUUAUAUAUAUAAAUUGUUAUUGUUUCACUUGCCUUAAUCUGUGACUAUAGUUUGGCUGUUAUUAGAUAAUUUAAUUCUUCUUGCGUUUAUUAUAUUAAAAAGUAUUUAUUGUACAUAAACAGUUAGAUCGUGCAUAUUUAAAUUAUCUAUUUCUUUUAAUAGUCUAUUGAUUAGUUCCUAUUUUGACUGGACUCUUUAAUCAUUCCAUUCUGAUGUUACAUAUAUUUGAGAGUAUAUUAAAUCAUUUGUUCAUGUCAUGUGACUAGUAAUAAAUAUUGUUCUUGGUAUUAUUUCCCACAAUAUAUGCGGAAACAUAAUCCCCAAUAAUAUCUGCUCCAUUAUUUAGGAACCGCUAGAAAAUUGCAAAUGUGAAAUUUUUGCAAAUACGAUGUUUUAAGAUUAAUGCUGAUAAAUAUUCAUAUAUCAAGAGAAUUAUGUAAAAAUAUUGAAACUUAGAAAAAUUAUCAUUUGAAUAUAUUAUGUAUAUUGCUAGUUAUUUGGAGCAUAUAUUUAUUGUUUUCUUUUAUAGCAAUAAAAAUAAAUUGUACCAU